GCUUGGCUCGUGGCGAGAUCCGCCGACUUUGCAAAUUGCACAGACAUUGCCUCAAAACGUUUGGCCUGUUCCAUGAGCGUGUUGAUGGCGUGAGUGCCAAGAAUCAAUCUGGUUGCCAUUUUUUUAGGUUCCAGAAGUUGGUGACCAUGUCUCCCUGGGAUGAUUCCUGCUGAAGGGGAACAGAGAUCGCUUAAAUAGUUUUUUGUGGCGGUCCCCGCAGGAUUGAUUCCAGUCAUCCGCUCGGGCCCGUACUGCCCAACCAAUGGAAUGAAUGUUUUGUUAAUAGUUCCAACUCUUAUUUUCGGUGCGGGAGCCUGUCGAGUUUCAAGAUCCUGAUUGGUUGAUGAAGGGUGUCAAGAGUCCGUUGAACAGGUGGGGGAUGGUUGGCCCAACCAGGUCGACUGUUAUCCCAAAAUCUCAUGCAACAUUUGAAAGAUUUUGAACAAUGUCUGUCGAUUUCCACCGCUCACCAGGGACUUCGUUCUGCUUGAUGAUCAGAAACGUGGGACAUAUCAACUGGAAUGAAAGGGUUCACUCACGGUCCUCUUCGCGACAGUUUCUGGCAGUCGUCACUUCAUCCACGGAGAUAUAAACACUCGCCCGCAUAUAUUUGCCAGUUCCCACAACUUGGGGGAAUACUUGCGGAACGUAGCCACCAAAGAUGGAUAUCCUCUUUGCCACUUUAACACCUGCAAAUGACAUCGCAAAGAUGGCAUUUAGCGAUGCCUACGACACCAUAGCGCGCGGUCAGCAGGGAGCUUCAACAGACACCACAGUCUAUCGCAUCAGGGUCGCGUCUGAACAGGAAUACGAUGCUGAUGUGCUUCUGUUUCAACGAGAAAUGGAUCGCAAGCUCAGUGAAGGAGAUAUUAGUGAGAGCCUCACGGAGCCCGACACGGAUACUGAGCUCGAGAGUCGACACCUAGGCAUGAUAUGGAAGGGCCAUUACGUCCUAGGGUUCCAACAUCACCCGUCCGCUCCGAAUCUGGGGUGGGUUGUGGGAAAGAGGGUGGUAGAGAGAGGCCCCUACGCCGCCGAUAUCUUUCUCUGCACCGGCGCCUUUGCUAAGCGCCACAGCCUCAACCUCCGGAGCUUUCAUGCUCGAUUCAACUUUGAUCUGAAGAACAGAGCCUUCUUCAUUGCUAGCAUCACUAGUUCACCGUCGGCAGGGCUCGCAGUCAACAGCGAGGUAGUUCGCCGACAAAUCCAUGCCUUGAAUCAGCAUUGCAUGAAAAUCCGGGUGAACUCAUUGGUAUAUAACUUCCAGUACACAGAUUUCGCGCCCACAGAAGAAUUUAUUAAGCAGCGGAAGAGAUACUUAACCGCCACACUAGAGGCUCCUUCUGCCAUUUUUGACAUGCCGACUCCACAUCGCAACACCAGGACAAUUGGACAAUGGACCCUUAAUGAUCCUCUGGGUAAGGGUAGCGCUGGAAGGGUGUUCCUUGCCUCCGAUUCAAAGAACCAGGUGGUUGCAAUAAAAAUCAUGCAAUGCACUUCCAAAUCUGCGGGAGCGGUGGGCAUGGAAAUUGCUCGGUAACAGAACGAUGGCGGACAUCUUGUUCGGUUAAAGGAGACGAUCAACCAAGAAUAUCCCUGACCUUGUUCACCUCCGACAAAUGUGUCCAGGCCGGAUACUUGGUGAGGACUGCAUCUAACUGUGACUUGGCAGCCCUAAAAUUCUCCUCUGUGUGCGCACAAUAUAACUUGACAAAUUUCUCAUGGAUGCCUUUGAAAUGAAAUGCUGACUGGAAGAAUAACCUUUCAGUUGAGUCAGAUAGAAGGUCUGAUACUUUUGAGACAGAAUGCUGCGAAAUCUCUUUCUUCCUAAGUGUGUGCUCAAGAUACGCCCGGUCCACUUCAAAGGAUUCCCCUAAAACAACGCCAUCGUUGUUCCAACCAGGGAUGUCGGCUAUAAACCAAGGAUGGUGUAUGACAGCUGGGAUGGGUGCAACAUGGAUCCAAUCCCAGUCAAUUACCCUAUAGCAGAUCAGUCAGAGAACAUGUAACAAAAAACCGAAUUUUAGCAAUCUUACCCUGUUAGUUGAAACUUUUCAUCAAUCAUGAUGUUAUACGGAUUAAGGUCCCCAUGUGCGAAGCCUAGGUCCAUGUAAGUAUCCCACUUAGCGUAGGAUGGGAUCAUGGACCUGAUGAUCAAGUAAUCAACUGCAUUGCCCCAUUUUGCCAUUCCAGACAGGGUCCUUCGAAGCGCUCGGUCCAAGCUCUCUGUCAACCAAGUAGAAUAUGGCAAACUUGAUGAUGUAGGCAACAUUGACGCAGGGCCUGGAACAGUCCAUAAUUGCAGUAGGAAGUCUGCAAGAUCAUCAAGGAGCCUGUGGCGCUGAGCCAAAGCUAUUUGAGAGUUCCAGAUCGCUAAUGGUUUGCCAGGAAGCCAUUCCGAAUACAAGACACGAUUCUCGAAGACGAUAUCUGGAGCCUUGAUCUCUGGACAUCCCCUUUUGAAGUAUGUAAACUUUUCCAUAGCACGCAGCUCAGAUUCCCAAUCAUCAGGAUCAUGGCAGACUCGGGCAGCCCAUUGUAUUGAGUCCUGGAACAAGACUUUGUAGACAUCGUGGGAGCCGCCGCGGUGGGGAUUGCUGUCAGGCAACGACCAUUGAAUUCCUGGGCGAAGACGAGAGAUACCGGAAAGAAUAUCGGUAAGUCCCUCCCUUUUCUCCAUAUCUUAGAAUUUGCUUGGCUCGACGACACAGUCAGGCUACUUCAAUGGAUUUCUGUCUAGUCCUAGGGAACAUGCAGCAGCGAAACAGCACCAGGGUUUGGUAAUGAAUCCGUGGGUGUGAAGGCGAGAUGGAGCGUCGUGGGUAGGGUAUAA